AAGGAUGAUUCCCAGAGACUUCUGGAAAGCUUCAACUCUGAUGAAAAAGAGCACACGCUCACGAAAAGUAAAGCAGAACCCUAUACAUCAAAAGAGGAAAUGGUGCUGGAGGAAAGUGAGUCUCCUCUGAACAGUAACGUCACGGCAUUCGCAUUAAAGGCAAAAGUGAUCUAUCCUAUCAAUCAGAAAUUUAGGCCUUUGGCAGAUGGUUCAUCCAAUCCAUCUUUGCAUGACAAUCCAAAGCAGGCAGUUCUGCCUAAUCAGGUCAUGGAGACGUCUACCUCAGGCAGCCUGGGAUCCCUGAGCCAGGGAGACAAAGAGGACUGCAGUUCCUCCACAACAAUACAUACCACAACAAGCGAUGACAGAUUUCAGACUCGAGCCUUCCUCAAGGUGACCAGCUUCCCUGAAAUGCUAACAUGUGAGAGUUUUGAUAUUAAACUCUGCCUUUGCAGUCUUAUUUUAAAAGAUGUCACGCUGCUUGAUACUGAACUCAGAAAAGAAAAACAUGUGAUGUCCAUUCAGAUUCUCAAAAUAUACUUCACAGACUUUUAUCAUAAAAAAAAGAUUUCUGAUGAUUUGUUCAAGAAGAUCCUUUUAAUUCAGGAAAAUGAUUUUGAAGAAUUACAGAAACAACUUGACUCUAGACUUCAGAAUACUGAGAUGUCAGGAGCCCAUAAUUCAGAGUACCAGACUCUUGAAGACUUAGAGAGGAAAGAAAGGGAAUAUUCUGAGCACGUAAUAGAUAAUAUGGAAACUUUCUGGAAGCAGACUGACAAAGCGCAGCAGGCUUUUUUGGACCAAUCAAAGUGCUCAAGUGCCAAAGCAACGAAGAUAAUGAUGGAUCUGACCGAGAAGAUGAUUGCAGUAGAAAGCUUAUUAAGUGAAUCUCAAGAUUUGCGGGCAAUGGACAUUCAGGAAAGAUUAUUCAACUGGGAGCUUAUGGUGAAAAUGAUUGAUUCACUGAAGUCCUAUAUACCAGAAGAGUGCAAGUGUAGAUUAAAUAUUGUAUCAAAUAUUCUGGACCAUUUAACUGUGAAGAAUAAUCUCUCAGUCCGACAGAAGGAAGAACUUUUAACAGAUCUGCACAAGGCCUUCUGGGAACAGCUGGCACAUUUCAGUAAUGAUUGUAUCCAGCAAAGUAAAGACUUGGUCUUGAAACGACUGGAGUGCCGUGCAAAGAAGAGAGAAGAGUUCACACAGAGACAGAAUGCUGAACAAGGGAGUAUCCUCAGUAAAACUUUUCGUAAUGAAGAUGUUCAUGAUUUUCUUAAGGCUUACCAUGAGGUGUUAGAGAAGCAUCGGCAAGCACAGUGGGAACUGGAGGAGGAGGAUGACUGCGAAAGCACAGAGGCUGUUGCGGAUCUCUACAAGGAGCUGUACUCUAAAGCUUCCCAUGCUUUAGUGGAGUUGGUGACAGAGCUGUUUCUUCAGAACCUACCUGUUGUGACUGGCCUCUCUGUAAGAGAAUGUGAGCUUCUGAAAGAGGAAUGGCAAGAGAAUUUGGUCCCUCAGCUGGAGAAAUGGGAGACCCACCACCAGAGACGCUGGAAGUUUUUCCAGGAACAGCUAUUGCAAGAAAAAGAACUAUGGAUAAAGGAAUAUGCUCUGUCUGCUGUGAUGCAAAAGCACCUGUCUGAGAAACAAGAGAAGAUAAUUCAAGGUGUUGUAAGCAGACUAGGAUGCCUCAGUGAUGAGUCUGUUAACUAUAUAUUGCAAAAACACCGACUUCUGCUGUGUUCAGUGCUCAGAAGGUUAACCCUCCGAAGAGUUGGAAUGGCAGCCCUGGCCCGCAUGAGACUGUCCAGAAAGAAGAGCUUGCUUCAGGAACUGAGAGAGCAACAUACCCUGCAGAAGGGAUCCUCGCCCUGCCAAGAUGAGGACCAGUGGCAGUUACAGAAGGCAGUGGAGUCCCACAUUCUGGAAGAGGAGGAGAAGCUUGAGGAAGAAAUGCAGCAAACCCAUUUAGAAUUUCACCAGCAGCUAGUCACAGAAAUCCAAGAAGCUCUUCAGUUUCUUCAGCAGCACAUGGAGCAGGUGAUUGGGCAGACACUGCUGCAGCAUGCCCGACGGAAAGCUGGAAAAAAGAAUUCAGAUGAAGGACAGGACUUCAAGGAGAAACUGGUGGAAGCUGCAGUAGAAAGUGUGUAUGGGACCAGCAAUAAUAUCAAUAGACUGGUGCAAAACUACUAUCAGCAAUUAGGAAAAAUCACAGAAGGCUAUGAAGGGAAAAAGCAUGAACAAUUGAAAUCCUUACAAGCAGAAAGAGGUGAAAGAAAUAGACUUAAGAAGAAACAAGAGAAUGAACUGGCGUUGAAAGAGAAACAGACCAAAGGCCUCCUCAACGUAUCAUCCACAGUCCAUCAAAGGAUGGUGCUGCAGCAAAAGAAGGUUUUGGCUCAGUUUGAACUGCAGCAGCAAAUUCGUCUGGAGUCUCUUAAACAGAAGCUGCUGGGAUUGCAUCACCUAGAAACUGAGCUGGAGAAUCAGCUAAGGGAAGCAGAGCAGGACUUUCUGACUGAGUUGGCUCUGCUGGCCCGAGUUCCAGUGGCUGUGAAGAAGAAGCCUUCCAAAAGGAGCAAGCCAGCAGGGGAAAAAACAAACUCAAAAAGGAAGACCUUUCAGUCACCAGAAUCAGCAGACAAAGAUGAUUCUCAUGAAAAUAUUCAAGAGCCCCCUGGCCUGACUCCUGGCUUAUGCAGAGAGAAGUUACAGAGCCCACAUCAAGGGGAGUCUGAACCAAGGAAAAACUCAAAGAUGCUAAAAAAAAGAGGCAACAGGUAGUAAAAGCAUUUAUAUGAGCUGUCUGACCCCAG